AUGGCUCAAUUAAACAAUCAUCUACUAGGAGAAAGCGUAUAUCAGCCCUUACCAGGAAGCACCAGCAACAAGCUGGGCCAAAAAGCAGUAAAGGAAUUCGUCAAUGACUUUAUUCGACCUACAUCAGAUGCAGACAAAGUUUUGAAUGAAAUGAGACCAGUUUACAUUGAUAGAUCAAAUACAUUUGUAAAGGAACAGGACAAAAAAGAGCUUGCAAAGAAACUCAAGAACAAGAAGGAUGGCAAAUUAACAGCAAAAGAAAAGAGACGAUUAAAAGUGUAUGAUAUACCCAAGGAAGCACACCAAUACAAGCUUUUCGAGCCACUAUCACAACUGUGGCAAGGCUACAUGAGUAAAUUACUGUCUCAAGGAUCAGUGAAUUUCGAGCAAAAGUUGAUCAAAGCAGAUUUUCAUGGUGCGACUAUGACAGUUGUUCAAACGACCAAUCCGAGCUACAUUGGCGUCACUGGUAUUGUGAUCCAGGAAACCAUGUCCAUGUUCAAGAUCAUCACCAAAGAAAACAAACUCAAACGUAUGAAUGCACAAUGA